UUAAGCGGACGUUUUAUUGAAGAUCUUGAGCGCGAACAAGCCGAACGUCGGGAAUACGUCAAAAAUAUCGGUAUCGAGUACAGAUUUGGAUGUUAUGAAGAAAAACGACCAGAAAUGUGUCAAAUGCUAGGGGAGUAUAUGGAAGCAAUUGAACAAAAUUUAAAGGCGUCAUUCAAUAUGUUCAAGAUGAACUGUGAAGAACGAGCAUUUCCAAAAAGUUGUUUUAAAUAUGCGAUAUUUAUCGGUAUAACAGUACAGUGUGAACCCAGUCUUAAAAAAAUGAUUGGACCACUAGAGAAAUCAUGCGAAGCUAAUAUGGCUGAAGGAUGUCGCUAUUUGUCAUUAGUUCAUUGGAACGGUGAAGAUGAUAGGAAAGCAAACUCUGAGAUGGCAGAACAGUACAUGAAAAAAGCAUGCGAAUUGGAAGAUGUGAAAGCUUGUUGGUUACUGAGCACUUGGUAUAUUGGACGAGAUGCUAAAUUUGUGUCAGUAAAAAAGACAGAAUAUCGCAAUCCUCAUUUGGGUAAUCUUCCGCGCAAUAUUGAUUUAGCUCUCAAAUAUGGGAUCCGUGCUUGUGAUUUUGGUUGUUUUCAAUCCUGUGCAAAUGUUUCUAGGAUAUAUAAACUAGGUGAUGGUGUUGAGCAUGAUCCAGUCAAAGCAACUUUUUAUUUGAAUAAAGCAAAAGAAGAGUACAAGCGCUCUAUAUCUGGCGACAAUGUAGACUUAACAGGUUAA